GGCUGACGGGCAUAAACAAAAAAUAGUCUUUCCAAAGUUUGUGUGUGAACAUGGCGGUCGGUAAAAAUAAAGGCCUCUCGAAAGGCGGAAAGAAAGGUGUUAAGAAGAAGAUUGUAGACCCGUUCACACGCAAGGACUGGUACGAUGUCAAGGCACCGUCGAUGUUCAACAAGAGACAAGUCGGCACGACCCUCGUCAACCGUACUCAGGGUACCAAAAUCGCGUCGGAAGGUCUGAAGGGCCGUGUCUUCGAAGUAUCGCUGGCCGAUCUUCAAGCUGACACCGACGCUGAGAGAUCUUUCCGCAAGUUCCGCCUGAUUGCUGAGGAUGUGCAGGGCCGCAAUGUCCUCUGCAACUUCCACGGAAUGGACCUCACCACUGACAAGCUCAGAUGGAUGGUCAAGAAAUGGCAGACGCUCGUUGAAGCCAACAUCGAUGUCAAGACCACCGACGGAUACCUGCUCCGAGUGUUCUGCAUCGGAUUCACCAACAAGGACUCGCUCAGCCAGCGCAAGACUUGCUACGCUCAGCACACACAGGUGCGAGCCAUCCGCAAGAAGAUGUGCGAGAUCAUCACCCGUGACGUCACCAACUCGGAACUUCGCGAGGUGGUCAACAAGCUGAUCCCUGACUCCAUCGCUAAAGACAUCGAGAAGGCGUGCCACGGCAUCUACCCGCUGCGGGAUGUUUGCAUCAGGAAGGUCAAGGUGCUCAAACGGCCGCGCUUCGAGAUCUCCAAACUCAUGGAACUUCACGGCGAGGGCGGCGGCGGCAAGCGCGGCGAGGCGGGCGAGAAGGGCGAACGCCCCGAAGGCUAUGAACCGCCCGUGCAAGAGAGCGUUUAAAAUAAACUGUAAAAAGGA